AUGACAGAUCUGAAAAGCUCUUGCAGCCAGACGGACGAAUACUUACGCAUGGCGACUGGACAUUCUCGACGGAAGAAGCGCUGGGGCGGUCAUAGAAGUGUGGGUGUGCAGGCCGGCCUGAGCAAAUUCCACACAGACGGGAGAGCAGGGCAGGAUAUUAAGGGGACUAGUGUCCAACGCCAGAGUCAUGCAGUCGUAGGGCUCACGGGGAUGGCAUCAGACACACAUACGAGAAUCGCUGCGAGUAAACACACGUCCAGUGGCGGUCGGGUGGUUGGGUGUUCGGGUGGUCGAGCUGUUGGUCUGUUGAAG